CCUGCAGCGGCUAUUACUGGGCCGGCCCAUAUCACCGCUUCCUUCCUCAAUCUCGGUCAUUGUUUCUCGUUUCCUUCCUCCGUUCCCCUCGCCUCCUUUAUCUAGAGGCGAUUCCGACGAUUCUUCCUUCCUCCGGCAAAUCCGUUUUGCUCCGUUCGUCCGUUCCCCUCCCUUUCUAGCGAAUCAGGCGAAUCUGGCAACUCUCGCAUCCCCGACUCGCGCGUCCUCCUCCUCGUUGAUGGCUCAAGAAGGUAGUGGGAUUGGGCAACAAGAAGAUUUAGGAGGGGAUGAACCUUCUGAAUAUCCCCCAUGAUGUCUUCGUAAUUACCAAGCAAGAGUGUUUCCCAGGAAGUUAUGCAAUCCUACUUAUAUUUUCCGCCUGUCAACCAUGCAUUUCAAAAAAGCUGUCAAACAUUUUAGUGGUGUUCAGUUAGGUCAUAUUAGCAAAUAUAAAAUGGAAGCCCUCCUUCAUAUGCCAUACCACCUUAUAAUUCCAAUGAAUUUACUUGAGUGGUUAGAUCAGCACAUUUUUGGUAAUGUAGAGCCCUAUUUCAAGCACAAGAACAAAGUUAUCAAGACCACAAAAGAUAUGGUGGACAAAAUAUUCAAUUUCCCUGGUGGCACUUUGCCUUUUGUUUUUCGCAGUGAUGAUCCUCAAGUGAAAUCAGAAGUUUGAGAGUUAAGAAGCAAGUACAUUGAUCACCGUAACAAGAUGCCAAUAAGUAAAAUAUAAGAGGUUAUGCUUGGUGAUAAAACUGAAGAUGGUUUUAUCAGAACCUUCACUUUUUAUUUCAUAUCAACUAUUCUCUGCCCUGCAUCAGACUGCUUUGGUAACAUGAAGUUCAUAUAUUCUCUAAGAGAUGUUUCUCUCAUUCCUACACUUGACUUUGGACAAUUGGCACUCGAUUUUAUGCAUGAGGAAUCAGAGCGUCAUUUUUAAAUUAUAAUGAACAGACCAAGUGUUGAGGAAAUGAACAAGCCUUCUCAUAUUGGGGGAUUCCUUCCUAUUUGGGGAAUCAUUUAUCUGUAUUUUGUUGAUUUUGAUGUUAUUGAGAAUCAUCAAUCAACUGUGGAUUAUUCUCUUCCUCGGAUAACUCAUAUUAAGAAUGAUGAUUUCCAGUAUCUUGCAUUGGUCGAUAUGAAUUAUGAGUCUAAGAAAGCUUUUGCAGUUCUAUCACUUCGAGACAUAUCUCAAACACCCUAUGCUAAUGUUGGGCUUGUGAACAAUGCUCCUGUUAAUCCUUCCGAGUUUCUUUCAGUUCCUCAUGUGGAGGUCAUUAAUGCCAUGAAUGUUGACUUAGAUGGCAAUGUGAAGCCAGAUCCUCAUUCCAAGAAACAAUAAUUCCGAAGAUUUGUUAUUUACGAAGUAAAAUGAACAAGCCUUCUCAUAUUGGGGGAUUCCUUCCUAUUUGGGGAAUCAUUUAUCUGUAUUUUGUUGAUUUUGAUGUUAUUGAGAAUCAUCAAUCAACUGUGGAUUAUUCUCUUCCUCGGAUAACUCAUAUUAAGAAUGAUGAUUUCCAGUAUCUUGCAUUGGUCGAUAUGAAUUAUGAGUCUAAGAAAGCUUUUGCAGUUCUAUCACUUCGAGACAUAUCUCAAACACCCUAUGCUAAUGUUGGGCUUGUGAACAAUGCUCCUGUUAAUCCUUCCGAGUUUCUUUCAGUUCCUCAUGUGGAGGUCAUUAAUGCCAUGAAUGUUGACUUAGAUGGCAAUGUGAAGCCAGAUCCUCAUUCCAAGAAACAAGCUCGUGUGGAAGAAACUACUAAGGAAGAGCCAACAAUACCAAAGGUUGAAAACAUUGUUGAUGUUAAGCCGGAAGAAAAGAAUCGAUCACCUCCAAGUACUCCUGAGAAUUUUUCAUGUGGAAUUAAUGAAAAUAGGAGUUUUAUAAUGAAGAGCUCUUCUUCUAGAAAAUAUAGAGUCAAGUGCUUCCAAGGAACACCCAUCAUAAUUGAAGAUGUUUCUCUCCUGUUUUUGCUACAAAAGAAGACAAAACAACAUACGAAUGUGAUGCAAGUGUUCAAAUUCAAAUGCCCUUGGAAUUUUCUAAGCAACAAGAAGCUGGAACAAGCACAUGUCCUAAUAGAGUUGAAAAGAAGAAUAGGAAAAAGAGAGCACCUAAAGUUCAAUCUCGUGAUGUUGAUGAGUUUUUUUUUCAAAAUUCUUGAGGAAGCCUUUCUACGAAACAUAUUAUUCUUUCCUACUAUAAAAUCAAGCAAUUGGAUAUACUCUGCAUUAGUUUUCUUUUCGAGAGAACUCACAUUUUUUUAUCCUUGUGGCACUAUCUCAGAAACUGUUGAAGGAGAACUUGUUCACAACUUGCAUGAUUCAAGCCACUAUUUGCCAUUACACAUGGAAAACUUUGAAGGCAAAUCAAUGAAGUUUUUUAGUGCGGAGAACAUACCAAAGUGUAGAAUGAUCUCUGCAUUCAAAUUAUUCAAAAGUACCUUGAACCAGUUGAAAGAAGAUCUGCCACCAAGCUUCUGAUCUUAGGAUUCCUCAUCUUACAAUUGUCAAUGUGUAAUAGAAUACCAAUUUCUGCUACGAACAACCUUUCUUAAUGUGGGCUAGUAUGGAGUUUUAUUAUUUUCAUGUGUAAUACUAUGUUAGCACAUACUCGUACAACUACUACACAAUUUUCUUUUGUGACUAUUGUUGGACCACUAUCAAGGAAAAAUAUUUGGAGGAGACCAAAUUAAUAUC